AUGGUUGCCUUUCUUACCUGUUUUGACGUCUCGAAGAAGUUGGAUGCUCUGUCUUCUCUAAACUCGAGCCGAGACCUGCUGACCGCAUGUCUUUGCUCAGGAGGCAGGCUCAGCCGAACGGGUGUCACGAUCCAGACGACGUAUCCACAUUCCUGUGGCCAGACUGGUCUUUCGCUUUGUCCUGAAUGGCCUAAGCGAACUUCGCUGCACCGCUCGGCGUGCCAGCAACUAAAAAGUGGACAGUAUCGUCGAGGCGACUGCCCCUGUCACCACCAUGACAACCAGCCCGGCAACCACUCUCACCCGCACAUACACCCACACCCUAGAGCCUCAAGUACCAAAAAGGCCAUUUCACAUCCAAUACCUAUUCCUGCUGGUGACGCACAUGGAGGCUGCAGAUCCCGGCUUCGGCCGCAAAAGAUGCACCGACAAGUCCCGCACUUGGCCUCAGAUGUGGCUGAAAUUGCCCAAUAUAUUCGUCAGCUUCAGGUCAUCCAUUCGAAAGCCGAGCGGCAACAGCGAAUCACCGCGGAAUGGCGCGCAGUUGGCGUUCUGUUGGAUCGUGUUUUCUUCCUUCUUUACUUCUUCGGAAUUAUCCUCUCCAUUGUCUUCUUUUUUCCCAAGUCAGGAGACGAGGUAAAUGAGGAAAGCUAUACAAAUCUAGCCUGA